AUGGCCGUUCUUUGUCGGGAUACGGGACAGGGACGCAUCAGCAGCAAAGCGGCUGAAAUCCAAGGCAAUCAUGCGGCUUGGAAAGCCCAGAAUAGGGAAAGACGGGCAAGGAUGAAAGCUCUGAUGGAGAGGAAGAAGUAUGGGCAUCCGGAAAGUGACGAAGAGAGGGAUUCGACGGAAGUCAAUGCCGACAAACAAGGUUCUACAGAGCCACCUUCGACUCCCACCGCCCCCGUUGCGUCCUUGUCGGCUGCAGUGGACGAGACGGGUAACGGUUUUGAUUACUCUCAAGGUUUUACCGCCAGUCGAUACAAUGUUCAGGUCCGGAUUGGGCCAAACGGGGAAACCAUUAUCGAUGAGGAAUCGUUGACUGUUGACCGCGACGAAAAUGAUGUGACUGAGAAUUACACUCACGUCAUAGAGUCGGAUACAACCAAAUUUACGAACUCUGGCACAUAUGGGAAACGAUUUCGUGGCUCUCGGUGGAAUGCAGAGGAGACGGAAUUGUUCUACGAUGCUCUGUCGCAAUACGGGGAAAACUACGAACUCAUUGCCUAUGUCCUACCUGGUCGUGACCGGAAGUCUUGCAAAAACAAGUUCAAGACAGAAGACAAAAAGAACCGCGCACGGAUCAAUUAUUGCUUGAACCAUAGCAAGCCAGUUGAUAUGGGUACGCUUUCGCGUAUGACUGGGAAGGAUUUUUCAGGGCCAGUGCCAGAGAUUUCUGCGCCAUCAACGCCAGCCGUGCCAGUCGCCGAAAGGCAGAGUGCUCCUGAUGCGCCUACACAUACAACGCCAACGGUCAGGAAACGUAGUCAAAGUCGGAAACCAGCCGUUACAGAUGACAUUCAAAUUGUCGGUCAAGCAGAUAGUUUUGAUAAUUCAUGA